AUUUUUCCAUGAGCUGAAAACGUGAUCGAAAUCCAUGUAAAUUUGCAGAAGGAAUGUCCGUGGAUGUGAGUGUAAUAUUGCCAGUACACAAUGGGGAAGAGUGGCUGGAAGACUGUCUACAAUCGAUUGAGGCCCAGACAUUCACAGGGACACUGCAGCUGAGCAUCUACCUGGACUCGUGCCAGGAUGGAUCAGAGUCCAUUAUAGUAAAAUGGAAGGACAGACUUGGAAAGAAAUCCAUAGAAGUUAUGAUUGGCUCUCACAAAGAUGAUGGUGGCCCUAGAGGAGUUGGUUAUGCCAAGAAUAAAGCUGUGAGCCAAAGUUGUGGAAAAUAUCUGUGCUUCCUUGACUGUGAUGAUGUUAUGCAUGCUGAUCGGAUACAGGAGCAGUACAAGGCCUGUGUGGCUCAUCCAGAUGCUAUUAUUGGUAGUAGAUUCCACAGAGAGCCAGAAGGGUCCACAGCCAGGUUUACAGACUGGGCUAACACCAUCAACCAGCAGCAACUGUUUACACAGGCUUACACCUCCCACGGUCCAACAGUAAUCAUGCCCACGUGGUUCUGUAGUCGAGCUGUCUUUGACAUAGGGGGAGGGUUCUGUGAGGGAGGAAAGGGUGUGCCAGAGGACCUUUUAUUUUUCUACAAGCACCUGGAGCUGGGUGGGGGCCUGUAUCGGGUAGAGAGGGAUCUGCUCAUGUAUAGAUACCACCCUGGGGCAGCUACUUUCUCAAUCUCAGAAGAUACCAUAUGGAAGCACAGGGUGACAUUCCUUCAACAACAGGUUCUCUCUAAAUGGAAGGAAUUUACCAUAUGGAAUGCUGGGAAGCAGGGGAGAAAACUCUACAGGUCUCUCUCACCAGAAAACCAGGCUAAAGUGAUUGCCUUUUGCGAUGUGGAUGAAAAUAAAAUCAAAAAGGGGUUUUACACAUAUGAGGAUUCCAAGAUGAAGCCCAAGCCCAAAAUUCCUGUGAUGCAUUUCAAGGAUGCUAGACCACCAUUUGUUAUCUGUGUGAAAAUGGGGUUAACCGAGGGUGUCUUUGAAGAGAAUCUUGCCAGUCUGAACAUUACAGAAGGUGUUGACUUCUUCCACUUCAACUGACACACACACACAGCUUAGCUGCUUUUGGUAUCGUCACAUUGGAUAGCCAAUUUAAGAUGUAGUGCUUGAUUAUGUCUGAUACGUUGAAACGUGAAAGGUUUGACUAAAAACGUGAUAGAGUUGACUAAAAAUGUGAUAGGUUUGUCUAAAAUCAAAUCGCAUCCUUGUCCCAGUCCUCUUGUCCAUUUCAGCAUUGUUUAUACAACAAUGCAUAUGACUGAACAGAAAUGUAUUGAAUAGUAACGGGUUCUGUUACACAGUUAUAAAAAGAGACAUUCUCAUACAUUAGUAGGAAUCACUCAACAUCAACCAAUUGAUAGCCAGGACUGUUUCUAAGAAUUACUUGCUCUUUUUUUCAAAGAGAGCCUCUCAUGAAUGUGAUUGGUGAAUGAUUAACUCAGUGAUAUAA